AAGCGUGGCCUUGGCUACAACGAGAACAUCCCCCUCAAGGAGUUUGGCGACACGGGCACUCAGAUCACCUGGCAGUACAACUGGGGCUCCAGCACUGCCCACAAGCAAGGCGCCCGCGAGUACGUCCCGAUGCUCUGGAGCAACUACACCGGCGCCAACGUCACCUGGAUGGGUGACGCGCAGGCCUGGCUGACCAACGGCUCGACCCACCUCCUCGCCUUCAACGAGCCUGAGCUGAGCUCCCAGGCCAACCUCGCCCCCGCCGACGCCGCCGCCCUGUACCUCCAGUUCCUGCAGCCGUUUGCCGGCCAGGCGAAGCUGGGCGGACCUGCCGUGUCCAAUGAUGGCUGGGACUGGAUCAACCAGUUCCUGGGCAACUGCUCCGAGUGCACCAUCGAUUUUCUGCCCAUCCACUGGUAUAACCCUUGGAACCUGACGUCGGACCUCGAGACCUGGGUUGAGAAGAUCUGCGGCCUGCCUGGACGUCGUCCUGUCUGGGUUACCGAGAACGCAGCAGCUCUCACCCCAGUCCAACAGAACACCUUCCUCCAGCAAGCCAUCAACUUCCUGGACAACGAGCCGUGCGUCGAGCGGUAUGCCUACUUUGGCUCGGCGGACGGCGACGAGUCACUGCUGGCCAACGGAGGCCCCGCGCUGUCUACCCUGGGCAAACAAUACGCCUAUGGCGGUGGAGUUCUUGUCAACACGACCGCAGCAGGUCAGACUCACAAGUGUGCACGCAAGCGAGGACAUGGACACCAUGGCCACCGGCAGCACUGA